AUGCUAUACCUCAACAUGUCGCCAGUUUGGCAUCUUAUUUUUUUUGCUUCGCUACACGUCGUUGUUGUAGUAAAUGCCAAAUCAUCCGCCAAGAAUACGAAUGGGCCGAAUUGUCAGAGCUUCUCUCAAGGAGUAACUUUUAAUGACUCCGAAGCAGUUGGCACGUGGCAUCUGCUCCAUUUUAGAACAGAGCAAACAAAGGGCUCCGGCGACCCUCAUUGCGUUGAGUUCACUAACAUUAACACGCAGGAGAGAAAAGAUCUUCAAGAGCUAAUCGAAAAAUUCGUAGAAAACCUAAAUUGGGACACUCUAUCUUUAAAAAUGCAGAUCCCUUGUAAGAGCGUUAACUCUUCUAAAUCAAGGGACUACUAUUUAGAAAGAUUGGAAGGUAAUGGUUCUUAUAGAACUCUACAGAUGCCACCGCCUACAGCAAAGCUAGAUUUGGCUGAAUUUCACCGUUAUCCGAUGCGUUUGAAGAUAAUAGAAGGCCAGUAUCUCGCUAUGAUGGACUGCCAUGAAAAGUUUGUGUUCUUGCUGGGAAAGCAACCACCAGAAGGAAAAGAGCUUGACGACCGCCUCAAGAAGAUGAUCGAAAUGUAUUGGCCCGAAGAA